AUGGCAUGCGGCUGUCCCGCUGCCCCGUGUCACACGGUGCCUGUGAGGCUCCCUUCCCACGCUGCUCAUGCGAAUGGCAGGCCAAGUCUGGUCUACCACUCGCCGGCAGUCGCCCUUGCGCCAUUUCCAGCAGCGUGCAAAGUUGCUGCUCCGGCACUUGAGGCUGUGCCGCGGGUGUGUCAGCAGCUGAUGAUGUCUGGAUGCCAGGCUGGAUGCCAGGUGCAGCUGCCCUUGCGCCAGUCCUCGGCCGCAUCAUCUGUCAGCAAGGCCGGCCAUCAGACGCCAGCCAGCACCGCCCGCGUUUCAACGAUGGCAUCCUUCGCUCCGCCAGAAGGUUGGGCUCAGGCCCAGCAACAAGAGAUUGACCAGUUGCGCGAACAAAUACAGGUUUACAAAGCCAACGAGGCACGCUUGCAAGCGGAGUUGCAGGCUGCAAGAGAACAGAUCGAUGGCUUGACAGUGGAACUGGCGGAGGAGAAGCGCGCCCGGGCACAGGCUGUACUCGCCCUUCCAGCGGAGAAGGCACCUCGGACACCAAAGAGCCCGAAGAGCCCGCAGCGUGGGACGCGAUCACCCGCUUCAGCGCGUGCUGACCGUAGCCGAGCAGCGGAGCCGGACUGUGCCAGCACCAGCGGCACUGGCACCGGCACCGGUGGCACUGGCACCAACAUCGGUGGCGGGGACGUGGCACCUUUCGCAAGGCCACUGAGCGAACGCCCACGGGUCACAAGAAGAGGCUCCUCUCCUGCAGCCCUGCGGCGGAUUGCGAAGGACGAGGUGGACACCAAGCUAACCGAGUACCUGACUUCAUCUCCGCACUGCAAGCUCGAGUUCUGCAGGUUGAACCAGGGCUGGUACCAGUUCCGCCACGCGGACAUUGCCAUGGAAACAAAGUGCCUGGAGAUGUCCAUCGUCAACGGCAAGCUCAUGGUGAAGCUUGAGCCCACUUCGCACGACCGUGGAUGUCGUCCACAUGCGUUCCAAUGGAGCUUUGCCUCCUUUCUCGUGCGGAGCGCCAUGGUGGCUCUGACCUUCGAUGAUGAUGGCGAAUACGGGUGGCCCGUGUUUCAGACGCUCAAUGCAGUCUCUUCAGUUCUGUCGAUCGCUGGGUCCUUGCUGGUCAUCGGUGUUUUCAUGGCCUUUCCCCAGCUGAGGCGGUACUUCGCCCGUCUGGUGCUGUACUUGGCUAUCAGCGAUCUUUGGCUCUGUACGUCCUUCUUGAUGGGCGCCUUUCAAAAGCCGCACUACACCAAAUGCACCGUCCAGGCACUGCUAGGCGUCUUCUUUGGCUUGUCGUCCGUCCUCUGGACCGUGGCGAUUGCAGACUCCAUCCGUCGGAUCGUCAUGGCCCGCGACUUGACUGUAGAGAGUCGGCCGUGGCCUCAGCUGGCCCUCAGCAGUUUGUGUUUCAAGGCUUGA